AUGCAGUCACCAGCCAUGUUCGUUUUCGCGUUGUGCAUCGCCUUCGCUCUUCUGUCCGGUGUCGUCCUGGGCCAGGAACCCACGCGCAACCCGUCGCCCUCGCCGUCGUGCGCCGCCACGACCAUCUCCACGAACGGGUCGUGCCCGUGCCCCGACGUGUACCUCAACGUGCCCAACCUGAGCGUGGACGAGAUCAAGCUCACGGUGGACAACCUCACCGCCCACGUCGACCUCAAUGUAAAGCUCUCGUCGCUCCUCUCCAUCUCUGCGGGCGUCGACGUGAGCAUCAACAAGGUGGAGCUCGACAUCAAAGGCGUCAAGGCCGAGCUCGAGCUCGACGUGCGUCUGGACAACAUCGCCAAGAUCCUCGACCGCGCCCUCACCACCCUCGACCGCAAUCCCGACCUCCUCUCGGGGUUGGUCAGCUCGGUGGGCGGCCUGCUGAGCUCGGUCCUGGGCGAGAACGGCCUCGUGCAGCGGCUGGUCGACUCGCUGGGCAACAUCGUCGAGCGCGUGGUGAGCGACACGGGCGCCGUGCUGAGCCAGGUCGUGGUGGGCGCCGUGAAGGACCUCCAGCGGCUGAGUCGCACCGUCAACAGCCUGGGCCAGGUGGUGGACCAGGUGCUCGACACCACGGGCGCCGUGAUCGAGGUCAUCUACGACACCACCGGCGCCGUCCUCAGCACCAAGGUCAUCAAGCAGGCCACCAACACCCCCGUAUGA